UUGGGGCCCCAGCUGAUUGGAUGGUGCUGGCCCACAUUGAGGGCAGGCCUUCCCCACUCAGUCCAAUUACUUGCUCCCAGUCUGGAAACACCUUGGCAGACACACUCGAAAAAAUGGGGCAUGCCUCCAAGUACCCGGCCAUCAAGGCCCUGAUGCGGCCGGACCCGAGCCUCAAGUGGACGGUGCUGGCGCUGGUGCUGGCGCAGCUGCUGGCCUGCUGGCUGGUGCGCGGGCUGGCCUGGCGCUGGCUGCUGUUCUGGGCCUACACCCUUGGCGGCUGCGUGAACCACUCGCUGACGCUGGCCAUCCACGACAUCUCACACAAUGCAGCCUUUGGCACCGGUUGUGCUGCGCGCAACCGCUGGCUGGCCGUGUUCGCUAACCUGCCUGUGGGUGUGCCCUACGCCGCCUCCUUCAAGAAGUACCACGUGGACCACCACCGCUACCUGGGUGGCGACGGACUGGAUGUGGACGUGCCCACGCGCCUGGAGGGCUGGUUCUUUUGCACGCCCACCCGCAAGCUGCUCUGGCUGGUGCUGCAGCCCUUCUUCUACUCACUGAGGCCGCUCUGUGUCCACCCCAGGGCCGUGACCCGCAUGGAGGUGCUCAAUGCACUGGUGCAGCUGGUGGCGGACGUGGCCAUCUUUGCCCUGUGGGGGCUCAAGCCUGUGGUCUACCUGCUGGCCAGCUCCUUCCUGGGCCUGGGCCUGCACCCCAUCUCAGGCCACUUCGUGGCCGAGCACUACAUGUUCCUCAAGGGCCACGAGACCUACUCCUACUACGGGCCCCUCAACUGGAUCACCUUCAAUGUGGGCUACCACGUGGAGCACCACGACUUCCCCAGCAUCCCAGGCUGCAACCUGCCCCUGGUGCGGAAGAUUGCGCCCGAGUACUACGACCACCUGCCGCAGCACUCCUCAUGGGUGAGGGUGCUCUGGGAUUUUGUGUUUCAGGACUCCCUGGGGCCCUAUGCCAGGGUGAAGCGGGUGUACAGGCUCGCAAAGGAUGGCCUGUGAGGCUGCCUCCUGGUGGCCAUCAUCCCCCACCUGCCCCUCCGGCCUCUCACCCCAGCUCUGAGGGGAUGCAUUUCCUUCCUGCGCCCCGGGCUGCUGCCCUUGUCCCCUCAGAGCGUCCUGCACAGCACACCUGGCCACAGCAGUGUGGGCUGCAGGGCUCUAUCUGCUCGUGGACUCACCCUGGACCUUUGCAGUGGCCCUCCCUUUCCGUCCCUCACCGGGCAAGGCCUGGACCUGCCCGUGGUGACCUGGGUGCUCUGAGCCCACAGUACCCACAGAGCUGACUUCUUGGGGUGCCUGUGCCGUCCAUUAAACCUGGCGUCUGUUUCACAAAAAAAAAAAAAAAAAAAAAAAAAAAAAAAAAAAAAAAAAAAAAAAAAAAAAAAA